AUGAAAGAUAUAAAUAUAGAAAAGAUUUUAGAUAAUAUUAUAAAUAGUAUUUAUUUUAUUGUAUUAAAAUCAGAUGAUAACAACAGUAUUAAUAAUAUUAAUAAUAGUAGUAGUAGUGUAACAAGUACUGCAAAUGUAAAAAAAGAAGAGAUAUUACAGUUAUAUAAAAGUAGUUUAAGUAACUUUUUAGAUAAAUAUGGUUAUCAUUUAAAUAAGUUACAAUUAUCACAAUUAAAGGAAAUUGAGAUAUUAGGAGAGAAUCAUAAUAGUAGUACUAGUAGGAAUAGUAAUAAAAAUAGUAGAGUAAAUGAUUUGUUGGAAUAUAUGAAUCAAUAUGAAAAGAAAGAGAAAUUGAAAGAGGUUACAUUGAUAAAUGGUCGUUAUCUUCAUAUGAAACAACAUCUUUUGGAAAAGACAGAUUAUUUCUCGAUUGAGAAAUGUAGGAAGAGACACCCCUAUUUAUACUAUUGCUAUGUCGGCAGAUACCAGACGUCAGUAGAUCAACCGAUGCUCUAUCACGAUCAACCCUAUGAUAAAUCAGCGAAAAUCAGUGAGAGACUCAUGAUAAAUGCACAGGUAGAGCAUGAUCAAUUUCAGAGUAUUGACAAUGAAAUAGAGGAAAUAGAUUAUUUAACAUCAAAGAUAAAUCAAUCAUUAAAAUUACAACAAGAGCAACAACAACAACAACAACGACAACGACAACAAGAACAACAGAGUAUUUCAUCACCAGAGUCAUUGUGGUUCAAACAUGAUAACAAAUCAACUUUGGAGCAUCUUAAGGAUAUGCUGACGAGGAAGAAUGAACUUAUGAAACAAAAGAAUAUGAUAAAUACAUUACUACACAAGAAAAAGAGAGAAAGAGAAAGAGAUAUGGAAGAGGAAGAAGAAGAAGAAGAGGAAGAAGUUGAUGUAAAGAUGGAAGUAGAAGAAGUGGAAGAAGAAGAGGAGGAAGAUAUGAAUGAUGAAGAGAUACAAGAGAUAUUUGAUAGUUUUAUAGAUAAGGUUAAAGAUAUGUUCAUACAUGGUCAUGAUCAAAAGUUUGAUUACCAUAAAAUAGAUAGUAGCAUAAUAGAUGAUAUAGAUAGUGAUAAUGAAGAUUAUUUCAAUGAUAUUGACAGCAACAAACAAUCAAUAACUAGUAAUAAUAAUAAUAAUAUUAGUAAUAUUAAUUCAAAAGUAUAUAAUCUUGGUGAAGAAGAUGAUUAUGAUUAUGAAGAGGAAUAUAGACAAUCAUUAUUAUUGGAGAAAUAA